GCCUCUGACAGGGCAACGUUCCCUCAGUACAGCACUCACUUUACCUCCAACCUGCAGCCUGCGAGACACUCUUGUUUAGUGUCCAGCAAUGAAGGAGGGCAGCCAGCGACUGCUGGUACAGUUCAAAGAUGAGAGCGGGGAGACUCUGGGGGCACCUUUAGACGUUCCGGUUGACAUAACCCCAGACAAGUUGCAGCUCGUGUGCAAUGUUCUGUUGGCAAAGGAUGACCCCCCGCCGUUGGCAUUCUUUGUGCAUGAGACUGAGAUUGUCACCUCGCUGGAGAAGACACUGCAAGAGGAAAAGGUGGAAACGGAAAAUGUUAUCGACAUUAUUUACCAACCGCAGGCUGUGUUUCGGGUUCGGGCUGUGACGCGUUGUACCAGCUCUUUGGAAGGACAUGCUGAAGCGGUCAUUUCAGUGGCCUUCAGUCCAACUGGGAGGUAUCUAGCAAGUGGAUCAGGGGACACUACGGUGCGGUUCUGGGAUCUGUCAACAGAAACCCCUCAGUUCACAUGUAAAGGUCACAAGCACUGGGUAUUGAGCAUUGCCUGGUCCCCUGAUGGAAAAAAACUGGCUUCUGGGUGCAAGAAUAGUCAGAUAUUCCUGUGGGAUCCCAGGACAGGCAAUCAAAUUGGAAAGGUUCUGACAGGACACUCGAAAUGGAUUACAUAUCUUUGCUGGGAACCGCUGCACAUAAAUCCACAGUGUCGUUACCUGGCCAGUGCGUCCAAGGACUGCAGCAUCCGAAUCUGGGACACGAUGCUGGGACUCUGUGACAAGAUCCUGACGGGACACACGCAGUCGGUGACCUGUGUAAAAUGGGGCGGUGAUGGGCUCAUCUUUUCCUCCUCGCAGGACAGAACGAUAAAAGUGUGGAGGGCCCAAGACGGGGUUAUGUGCAGAACACUCCAGGGCCAUGCACACUGGGUAAACACAAUGGCACUCAGCACUGACUACGUCCUGCGAACUGGGUCCUUCGAACCAGCAGAAGCCACAAUUGUACCACAGGAGAGUGAUGAUUCCCUGGAAGAACUGAAGCAAAAGGCCCUGCAGAGAUAUCAACAAACCAGGGGUCAGGAGCAGGAGAGGCUGGUUUCGGGCUCGGACGACUUCACACUUUUCCUCUGGACUCCCGCAGAGGCUAAAAAGCCCGUGGCACGAUUGACAGGCCAUCAGGCUCUGAUCAAUGAAGUCUGUUUCUCCCCUGACACUCGGCUCAUUGCUAGUGCAUCGUUUGACAAAUCAGUGAAGUUAUGGGACAGCAGGACCGGCAAAUAUCUGGCAUCUCUCCGAGGUCACGUCUCAGCUGUGUAUCAGAUCGCGUGGUCAGCGGACAGUCGACUGUUGGCAAGCGGCAGUAGUGACAGCACAUUGAAGGUGUGGGAUGUGAAAACACGCAAGUUGUCUGUGGACCUUCCUGGCCAUGCAGAUGAGGUUUUUGCUGUUGAUUGGAGUCCUGAUGGGCAGAGAGUCGCGAGUGGAGGAAAAGAUAAAGUGCUGAGAAUCUGGAGGUGGUGAUUGUGUGGAAUAUUUUGAAGAAAUCAUGUUUGUUUUUCUUCCCUGGAAUGCACCUUUGCAAAACCAUCUCCAGUGAAACUUCCUUCACCACUGAAAAUGUACAUUGUCCAGCCAAGGAUUGGAGGUCACUGACCCACAAUGACUUAAAUAACCAAAGUACUUUUUUAAUUGUAUUGGACUCUAUGGGUUUUAUCAGUUUUCCUGGGAGUCACAAUUCCACAGUUUUAUAUAUUCCUUCGCUCUUUCUCCUCCCAGGACACCCUGGAUCAGUGGCCUUAUUAGCUAUGUGUGGUGUAUCUUAAUAGCCUUGCCAUGUGGGAGCCCCUUUAUCUCAUGUGGUAAUCAGCUGGAUACCUCUGUGAGGAUGUGAGGGGGCAAAUAGAAAAACAGAGCUCACAUAUUGGUGGUUUAUCAGUCUUUCAGCAUUUUAAUAAACAUCAUUGUACCAAAGAGAAGAUACACACUUCUCCUUGUGGUUGAAUCAACAUUGACCAGAAAUGCACAAGAAUCUCUAACUGCGGAGUUCCUCAUCUCCGUCAUAGCUUCCUUCUUUUAAAAAAAAAAUUCCCUGUCGUGUACAAUAACAACCUGUAUUUGCAUAGCCUCUUUGAACAUGGUUAAGAACUUCGGAAAAUCAAACUUACCCAACAAAAUCUAAUUUCUAUUUCCAAUCGUGGGGCCAACCAAAACUCGGGGCUGGUCAUGUCAGAUACUCACUCCGCACGGUGCCACAGGGCGGCAUGGUGGCUCAGUGGUUAGCACUACUGCCUCACAGUGCCAGGAACCCGGGUUCAAUUCCCACCUUGGGUGACUGUCUGUGUGGAGUUUGCGCAUUCUCCCCAUGUCUGUGUGAGUUUCCCCUGUGUGCUCCAGUUUCCUCCCACAAUCCAAAGAUGUGCAGGUUAGGUGAAUUGGCCAUGCUAAAUUGCCCGUAGUGUUCAGAGCUGUGUAGGUUAGGUGCAUUAGACAAAUAUAGAGUAGGGGAAUGGGUCUGAGUGGGUUGGUGUGGACUUGUUGGGCCGAAGGGCCUUUUUCCACACAAUAGGGAUUCUCAUUCUAAUUCUCCUAAUUCUAAAGUCCAUAAAGAAUUUGAGAGAAUUUUCUUUAUCCGUUCUGUGGAGUUGAUGUUUGGUGAGGUGGUUUUGGGAUGAGUGUUGAUGAAUUCCCGCUCCCCGGAGUUUUGACGUCAGCAGUCAGUGACUCAACCUUGUCUGACUGUAGGGGAGCUCAGUUGGGAGGGGUGGGGUGAAGGGAAUUCUGAGCUCAGCUUCUGCAGGAGUGUUUCUCAUCAGCACCCCUGCAAGGCCCACCUCCCCCACUGGGAUUACAGAGCCAGCUGAUCUCGGUGACAGCAGCAAGGUUUGUGAAAUCACAUCCCCGUUUUGGCCUGGUCCCUUAUGUCAUAUUGAUGGCUGUGUUACAACAAGGUAGCUCACCACCACAUUCUGAAGAGCAUGUAAACGGUGGGCAAUAAAUGCUGUCCCAGUCAGCAAUGCCUGUGUCCCAUGAGUAACAUAAAAACAAACGUGUGUUUAAAUUUCUGAAUGACCAGAAGAUUUGCUCUGUCUUGUAAUAGUUGCAAGGAUCUGGCGUCAGUAAAGGCCAUGCUUUUCUCUCCAACUUCAUUCUCUCGCUAACAAAGCAGCUUUGUGACCUUAGCCAUUACUGCUGUCUGGUUAACUUUCCUUCACUUGUUGGUGGGGUUUCAGCAUUGCUGGCUGGGCCCACCUGUAGUCCUGGAGAAGGUGGUGGCGAUCAAGACCAGGGACAGAAAAAUCCUGGCCUCCAAUGCAACUUCUCAACAUUGGAGUCCUGGACCCUAAUUGUUGGGCCCUGAUGUAUCCCUUCUCCUGAGACUGACCGCUAAGUUGUCCUCUUGGGACUGUUGCAGCCCUUGACGCAGAGGAACAACCUGUAGGGAGGGGCUCUAAGGACCUGGACCCAGUGAUCAUUCAAGGAACUGUACUAAAAUAGCUAGGGUUCUGUUGAUGUAAAAGAAAGAACUGUAGACAUUGGAAAUUUGAAACAAAAACAGAUUGCUGGAAAAACUCUGCAGGUCUGGCAGCAUCUGCGAAGAGAGAAAAAUGGAGUUAAUGUUUUGAGUCCAGUGGGCCUUUUUCACAACUGAGCUUUUCCAGCAGUUUGUUUUUGGGUAAUAUUAAUAUUUGACUCACUUUACUAUAGGGAAUAUUGUGGCACAGUGGAUGAAACUAACUGAACAUGUGGAGGUAACAAACCUUUUUGUCCUAGAAUGACGACAAUUAAUUACUCCACCCUCCCUGUGAUUUGGCUGCCUGUUGUAAAAACGUUACAGUAAUCACAUUGUAAAUUGAGAAUGGUGGGGUUGUUCUUCUGCAAAGCUCAAUUGGACCUAUUAUAUCACCAAAAAGUAUUAUCCUCAGAAGACUUCCAACAGACGGUUGAAAGCCAAGUUAAA